AUGUUACCAAAUGAUGUUCCUGAGUCGGAUCCUGAAGGGGAAUUGUCAUCACCACUGGCUAAAAAGACGCGAGGAGGACAAAAAAGAAAGUUCGGUGCGGGAACCGCAAAGUCUAACCAAUCAAUUCCCGCUAGGCUCAAGUCUCUUGAAUCUACAGUCAUCACGCUGAAACUGCUCAUUGAAGACCAACGAAAGACCAUCGCCGAUCAAGCAAAAAUCAUUGAGGAGAUCAGAGGUGUGACAAAACUCACUGGAAUUGACUGUACGGACGAGUUUCCGCCGCUCACCAAUUCGCUCACACGGAAAGCCUCUCCUAAGUCAUGUGCACUGUACAAUGAAGUUGCCAAGAGAAAUCCAAAAGUCGUGGAAGUAUCGAACCGUCUGGAUCUAGUCACUGAUAUCAUUGCAUUUAACAAGAAAAGCUGUACUGCAGUCAUCGAGAACUUGCCGGAUAGCAAGGAGGAAAGUCAAACAGUUCAAGAUAAGUCUUUUAUUUCCAAAUUUGCUUUAGAUUGUGCUCUCCCCAUUCCCAUUGAAAUUUUUCGUGUUAAGUGCAAAAACGAGUCCAGUGUCUCUAGACCCACCAAGGUCCGCUUCGGUAGCCAAGUGGAAAGAGACGAUUUCUUAAAAGGGUUUUACGGAAGUUGGGUGAACUAUUCAGGUCGAAAAGUGGGUCCCCGUCCAGUUAGAGCGCGGCGCGAUAUGACCAGGGAAGAACUUAACGUCCUAUUCGCCAUUCGGAAGGAAGUCUACGAUGCCAACGCAAAAGCUGGACUUAUCAAGUUCGUCGUUCACGAUUUAAAAAUCGUGGAACUCAAGACCCCGCGUCCUCUUCCUCAAGCCAAGCCUUUGCCCCCAGCCUCUUCAACUACUUCUCCAGCAGCUACGGCUUCCCAUGCUUAG